AUGAACAUUAAUAGACUCAGACUCGUGAAUAGAUUCAUUGCCUCUUCCACUCCUCAUAAGAGUACAUCAUCACUCCGAUACAUGAUCAACAAUAAUAAUUGUAUGGCUACUACUACUGCUGCUUCCUUCCAUGUUGAUAUUAAGAAUAAUCACAUUAUCUUGACAGAGGAGAAGAGAGUGUUUUUAGAAGCUUUGAAACUUGAAUUGUUUAAUAGCAGUCGAUCAAAUGUGGCGAAUAUGAUCAAGGAUAAUAGUCAGCAAUCAUCAUCGUAUUCUACAGCAACUGUUGUUUCUAAUGAUGAUGGGUUUGAUAAGAGUUUGGAAAACUCACGAAAUUUAAUGUGUCACAAGAGACAUGAUGUGCUGACUCAGCAAGAGUCUGAAUACUUUUUGUACUUGUAA